GCUUUCUUCCGUCGUCCGUGCCGUGUCGUGUGUGUUGUACUUCGUGAAAUCGCGUUGUAAAAAUGGGAAAUCGCGAACUCUUUUAAACGAUUUCGGGAUUUAGAUAGCGGUGAUGGGAGCACAAUCUUCGUGGACCUUUUCGUCGUAAUCUCUCCCGUGUUCUGUUCUGUGUCGUGAAAGCGAGCAAAAUCCGGCUCUUUUUUGUGUGUUGUAUGUUGAUUUUGCCGCGUCGUGCGUGUGGAAAGAUCCGCUAUUUUACAGGGAAACUGUGACAAAAUGGAAUAAUCCGUGUAGCGCGCUGCGCCAAGAAAAAGAAACUCGCGCUUCACGCAGCGCGCAACGCGCAUAGCUUGGGUUUGUGUGCUCUGCGGUGCGAAAGAGAGGUAAGCAUCGUAAGCAAAGGGAGCGAAAGAGAGAGAGAGCAUCGAGCGUCCGACAACGGUCGCACAUCGUAGCCAAGGGUAACCGAUUUCGCAGCUGGCCUUGAACGCAACGGAAGGAUCUUCGAAGGAUCAUCUUCUUCGCUUUUGAAUACUCGAGAUGGAGGAAGAAGAAGCGGAUCAGUUGCAGCCUGCAGUACUUCUGCGUGCCCCGUCCGACAAGUGGUUUUUCAACAUGAGCGGUGGAGCGGCAGCGGGGGCUUCGCCGUUCGGGCCCUCCGACAGCGGCUACAACUCCUACCAAUCGGUCACUCCGAACAACACGUUUAACGGUUCUUGCUCGCGUCACGGAGCCUCCAGCACGCUCGCUCCGAUCGAUGAGGCGAACGAAACGGAUACCAGCAUGAACGACAGCAGCACCGGACUGCCGCUCAGUGCGCAAGUCUUGACUCCGACGACGGCGGCCAACAUCGAUCGCAUUUCGAACUUUCAUCUGACCACUCCCAAAACCCGUCGCCUACCGUUCGCUGGAGAUUCCGGUGGUGCCGGGAUGGAAGAUCCGCUCGGUUCUGUCGAGUUUACGUUGCCGACCACACCGGAACGCGCAUCGUUCCCGCGUUCGCAAUCCUUCGAAGCGUAUCAAACACCGUUGCGCACGGUGAACCGCACCCUGAACCAGCUGACGCCGCAUAAGGCAAAGGGUAGCGGACGGGACUCGCUGAAGCGCAAGCUCCCAUCGAGCGGCAAUUUCCGGGGCAAGCUGCAUUCCGACAGUGACGUGGAUGCGUUGCUGGGAGAGGAAAAUCAGGAAAAUGAUCCGACCGACUCACUCGUUGCUGGAUGCCGGCGGUUGUCCGAUGAUCUGCCUUCGCCGAUACCGAGAUCGAAGCGCCAGAAACGCCACGAGGACAAUAACAUCACCGAUAUGAUGCGGUCGAGCACCCCGAAAACGGCCUGCUACUUGGGUGAUGAAAAUCACCAUGGAAACGGCGCUGUGCUGCCGUCGAAGGCCGAUGGAAAACCUUUAUUCCGCAAGUUCACCAGCUUUAGCCCACGAAAGAUACAGAACAUCCGUCGGCUGGGAACCGGUGGCGGAGGUGGCGGCAUGUUGAUGCGCCAGAAUGCAUUCUCCGCCGUGCAGGUAACGCCGGAGAAGCGGAGCAAGAAGGUGGACCAGCAGACCAGUAAAGUGUUAGCCGACAUUUCGUCCUCUCCCCGAUCAUCAUUUGGCCAGUUGGAGAAAGAGGAAGAAAAAGCAGAUGAAGCGCCGGGUGGCAAUCAAGCCAGCGUACAAGCACCGAUCGGCAUCGGUGAUCUGUUGGGCGGUGCCAUCCUGACAGAAUCGUGUUCGAACAGCUCAAAGGAGGCUAGUGCCUCGGCCCUUCUAGAGGAUGCCAUGACAACGGUGUCCUCUAACGAUGAUUGUUGCAGCUUCACACCCACGAAGUCGUUCGCUAGUGAAGAUGAAGACGGUAUGGUGGAGCGCCAUGCACCUGCCGCAAAUCAGCAGACAAUGCUGGCCUCCAUCUUGGAGGAACCGUCGAACGGUAUCUUGCCUGCACUUGAGUGCGAACCGCAGUCAAAAUGCAACCUCACCUCGCCCCUGGAACACCAGGCAACGUUACCAUCUACCCUGGAGGAACCUUCAUACGUGGUCUUGCCAGCUCUCGGUACUCCACCGCAGCCAGUGGAGCCGCUGGAGCUACAGUACAACCCCGUUUCGCCCCUGAACUCAUCCAGUAACGUGGAGCACUUGAGGACAGGUGGUAACUACAGCAAUGGCUACUUCAUCGCACGGCCACCUCUGCCCCGUAGUGAACUGAGGGCUGGUCCGUCACCGACGGUGAACCAGUGUAGCGCUACAUCGGCGUCCUCAGGGCGCAAGCGUUCCUACGAGGGUCAAAAGUACCUGGACAUCUUACGGCGGCUCGCUAGUGCCAAUCAUGAUGCGCUCGGGCUGCUACUCGACUGCCUUGCCGAUGAGGAUCUGGUGCAGGUAGUGCGCGUGUCCCGUAGUUGGCACUCCAUCAUCUACGGUCACCCAAAGAGCUGCGUGCGACUGCAAAAGCAGCUAAACCGUGAGGCCAAGCAUAAGGAAAACCGGUAUGGCCCUGCAUGCGGUGCUUCGGCACUAGACACGAAACUUAAGCCAAAGCAAGGAACGACCGAGCUGGACGCGGUGAGCAAAGUGUUAUUCCCAUCGGUCUCCAGCGAGGAAACUGCGCCACAGAAUGCUACCGAAGGAAGACCACCUGCGGCGGAAGUCCAGUGUCGUCGUCCCUUCAAACCCUGCAACUUUCAGGAUCGCCGCAACAGCACCAGCAGCCUGUACGGUGGGGUCUCCUCUUUUGGGAUUGUUGGCGGGAACGUGUCCAUGCCGGAGCUGCUACGCCGUCGCUCGAGCGUUAACACCAACAACAGCACCACGGUCGAAUCACACUCGCCACCAGUAAGCCCAUCGAAGCGCAAGUUCUACGACAAUCAAAAGGUUGUAUCGCAUCUGAAAGAAUCGGAGAGACUUACGCCUUGUCCUCGCUGCAAAAAACCGAGUCGCAUCAUUUACGGUCGGAGAUCCGGGCGUGCAAAUGGCGCUCGUUUAGAAAAAUCGUACACCCUACCGGAAUCGAAUAACAACAGCAACUCUCCCGCUCGCGUACGGCGUGAUCUGUUCAACACUAGCGGUGGCAACCAAGCCAACGCCCGCAUGAGACUACGCAGCAUGAACGGCGGCGGAAGGACCAAGAGCGUCGACGAUGCAUUGACGAUGGCAGCGGCUGAAACGGUUGCGGACGGUGUUGCUGGGGGUGGUACUCGUGAUCGUGAUUCGCUGUGCGAUUAUGCCAUCUGCAGCGGAAUGAGAUGCGGGUAUCAGUUCUGUAUCCAGUGCUGCGGCGAACCGCAUCCAGAUCGAUUUUGCCUCGAGCUUGCCCCGAACUCGCCGAGCAAGGAAGAGCAGGGCCGUCCGAAUGUGGCCUGCACACGCCAGAGUCGUCGAUCGCUGCAGAGACUCGCAAAAUACUGAUGGCCUGUACGUGAUGGCCAGUACAGGCCGUCUGGGACGCCGGCCCAUAUCCGUAACGGGCUGCCCUCUCAUUCCAGUUUUAUUUUAUUACUUAACUUUACUACAAAUGUGUGUCCACCCUCUCUAUCGCUCUAUCUCUAUAUUUUGAUAUUUCAUUUACUAUUGGAUAGACUUAUUUAAUCGCUCACGGGCACUUUUCUUUCAUUUUGCACGCAUUUUAAUUCGUUCUUUCUCAAAGUUCUGUUUUUCAUUCAUUGUUUUUGAUACAACUAUUUAAACCACUAGCCCUAGAUUUAGUUUGUAAACGAAGUGGCAGACUCAAAUGCACAGUGUGAGGAAAUCGGGCACAAAUAGAAUCUAAGCGCAGGCAGUUAGACAAGAGUAGGUGAGAUUAUGAGAUUUGGGAAACCCAUGACUACGAAUUAGUAUUACAGUUACUGUGUGCGCUUGAGCAUUUAUUGUCGAAGAGCAUAGAUCAUUUUUUGUCUUUUUGAUAGACCACCUUGAACUGAAAGCUUAUGUAAGUGUAGCAAAGGAAGAGAGCACUUCGCACUGAACCGAGCCGAGUCUCGCUACGAAAGGUAACAAUAAUUCGAAUAGCAAUCGGGCAUUCUUAGGCCGCCUGCUGUGCAUGCUCACCGAUAAGUCGGAAUAGACAGACAAAGAAUUCUCAAAUCCAAGGGCUCUCUGUCCACUCGAGUCGCGAUCGACUUCGAAUACCUGGCGGCACUGCGGCGGGAAAAUUAGUUUGUAAGCGUACAUCACCACGAAGAGGGGCUAACGAGCGAUAAGUUUUUGAUAAACAUGUUUUUUUUUUACAAUAAAGUUUCCUGUUGA